AUGGCUAGUCCCACACAGGCCUCUGGGAGAAGAGAUGGGAGAACGCGGUGGUCUGAGGAUGACAACAUGCUUAUCAUGCGCGUUCAUUUUAUUGCACUGGAAAUGCAGGAAGACACAGGAAGGACUUACAGAGAGCUGUUGACUGAGACCUGGAAUGAGAUCAACCCAGAAAGACGAUCCUAUCCCAACCUAUUGUCGAAUAGGGUCAAAUGGCUGCUGAGGAACAACAAAUUCUCGGCGGUUGACCUUGAUUUGAUUCAAAGAAGUGUCAGACCUAGAGGAGCUGAGCCUGAGAUGGAGGUUGAGAUUGAGACAACUGAGAGCCUAAGACAAACGGUCGCCAGAAGAAGCCUGAGAACAUGUGGGAUGGAACGACGAUUUUGCAGAAACCUACUGAUGUACUCUGGAAUCGCUGCAGAUAAACGACCCAAGUUGCCCAGAUUGAAAUGUACGAGUCGUUUGCUACAGAUUGUCCAAAAAAUUGAUGGCAUAUUGAAUAAGUUUAUUCCUGACUGUACAGGCCUGAAGGAGAUGGUAGAUGCGGUGUACGCGGCAGCGAUCACUGUCUGCGAAGAAACAGGCCAAUGUUUAGAGAAUAACCAGCCCACUGAGCGAAGAAAUAUAACACCACCAUGGAAGGAGCGCCUAGAGAAGAAAAUAACUGGAAUAAGAAAGAAAAUCGGGGUUAUUGAUACUUACCUAAACAUGCCAGACCCAACAAGAAAACUCAUAAAGAAGACCCUGAGAAUUGCGGCAGAAUUCCAUGUGAAAGGACGCAGUAGACAAUUUAGAGAAGAACUGGUCAUUACCUGCGAUCGAUUGAAGCAAAAGAUCAAGGCUCUGGGAAAUCGACUGCAACGAUACAAUGAACGGGUUAAGAGAUAUAAAAACAACCAGCUCUACUACAAAAACCCACAACAAUUUUUUCGAUCGCUUGAAGAGGAUACUAGGCCUAGAAGCGCUGAAUCGCCGUCUCUUGAAGAAAUGUAUAGAGAAUGGUACAAAAUCUGGGGAGAGGAAAAACUGCAUGACGACGGGGUCUUUUGGAUCAGAGAGGCGGAAAAGAAGACAGAAUUGUUUGAUAUGGAGGAUAUCAAAAUAAGAGAAGAGGACAUACAAAAGGUGCUAAAGAAGACGAACAACUGGUCAGCUCCAGGUCCGGACGGAUUGCAUACAUAUUGGUGGAAGAACUUCAAAUCAACGCACAAAGACCUAGCUAGAAUGUUUCAGGAAGCUCUGAGUGAUCCCUCACUGAUACCGGAAUCUUUCACCCUAGGAGUAACUCAUAUGAUACCUAAGGGAAAAAACACCACCGAUCCGAAAAACUAUCGACCUAUCACAUGCUUGCCCUCAAUAUACAAGAUACUGACAGGUAUACUAACUACCAACAUUUGGAAACAUGUGAACAAAUAUGGUAUAAUGACUGGCGAACAGAAAGGGUGUAGGAAGGAUGUUCGAGGAUGCAAGGAGACUCUCACCAUUGAUCAUCUGGUAACUAAGCAAGCGCGAAAAAAGUUGAGGAACAUGUCAAUUGCAUGGAUUGACUAUAAAAAAGCCUUCGACUCCAUGCCGCACACCUGGCUUCUGAAAACAUUGCGCCUAUACGGAGUAUCCGAAACUAUUGUCAAUCUUCUGGAACACCUGAUGAAGACUUGGCGAACAAAACUUAUGAUGAACACAGAAGGAGAAAUUUCGUUAACAUCUGAAAUAAAAUUAAAAAGAGGGAUAUUCCAAGGCGACAAAUUGAGUCCUCUAUGGUUUUGUCUAGCUCUUAAUUUCCUGAGCAACCUAUUGAGUGAGAGUCAAUAUGGCUACGUCAUAGACAGACAGAAGAAAACGAAGAUAAACCAUCAGCUUUACAUGGACGAUUUGAAGCUUUAUGCGGCCAAUGAAGAGGAAAUGAAGAGAAUGCUCAAUAUUGUGGCAUCUUUUUCUGAUACAGUAGGAAUGGAGUUGGGAAUCGACAAAUGCGCGGUUGUUCACAUGAAGAGAGGAAGGUUGAUUGAGGGGGACGAUAUGAGGAUGCAGAACAACAUGUCUAUUCGGAGAAUGGGAACGGAUGAAACAUAUAAAUACCUUGGAAUACAGCAAGGGCUAGAGCUGAAUGUUGCUGAAUCCAAAGCUGGCUUUGAGAAUAAGUUUUUUGGAAGACUCAGGAAGGUACUGGCCAGCAAAUUGAACGCAAAAUCAAUGUUCACAGCCAUCAACACCUGGGCUAUACCAUGCAUAGCGUACUCAUUCGGAGUGGUGAAAUGGUCUAGAACGGAACUGAAAGCAAUAGACACCAAAGUGAGAGUUCUUUUGACCAAAUACGGAAUCCAUCAUCCACAUGCCUCAGUCAAUAGACUUUAUGUGCCCAGGAAAGAGGGAGGCAGAGGAUUACAUAGUAUAGAAAUCAUACAUAAUAAUAUCACGAAAGAAAUGAAAGAGUAUUUCUGGUCAAAAAGCUCACCCUUCUUCAAAAUGAUCUGUAAGGAGGACGAUAAUAUAACAGCGUUAAACCUUGCUUCAGAAAGGAGAACUAACGAAGAACCAACCAUUGAAUCGCUAACUGACCAGUGGCACAGUAAGACAUUACAUGGUAGAUAUCCAGAAGCCCUAAAAAAUAGUAAAAUCAACACACAAAUGUCUCUUGGAUAUAUGACAGCCGGUUACCUUUAUCCUGAGACUGAAGGCAGACUUGUAGCAAUCCAGGACCAAGUAGUCCCUACCCGAUCGUAUGUCAAAAAUAUAACCAAAAGAUACUUACCAUCAGAUCGGUGUCGAAAAUGUUCUUUGUCCUCGGAGUCCAUACAACAUGUGACGUCAGCGUGUCCGAUUUUGGCCCCUAGAGAAUAUACAGAUCGUCAUAAUGCCAUGGCCAAGGUCUACCAUCAAGCUAUUGCCAUAAAAACUGGGCUGAUACUAACUUCAAAGAAGCCGUACGAAUACUCUCCAAAAUCUGUCAUGGAAAAUGAGAAGUACAGGCUCUACUGGGAUACCUUCUUGGAGACAGACAGACCGGUAGCACACAACAGGCCAGAUAUUGUUAUCUUUGAUAAGGAAAAUAAUGUGGCGAACAUUAUCGAUAUAACUGUGCCGGCAGACGACAACGUGUCUAGAGCUUACUCCGAGAAGAUCACAAAGUACGAAGAUCUCGCAUUUCAACUAAAAGAGAUGUACAGAUUGAAAACAGUGUAUGUGACACCACUUGUUAUCUCAACUAAUGGCCUGGUCGAGGUACACUUGAAGGAGAACACGAGCCAAUUGGGAUUGGAUGAGAACGACGUCAUAAGCGCAGCACAGAGGGAGGGGGGUAACGAAACGUCGAAUAAAAAAAGUGACACCCAGGUCAAUAUAUUUGGGAAGAUUACGAAGUUAAAAAGGACUCCACCUAGUAGACGACACGAGAGUGAAAAGUCUGCACUGGAGAUGAAGGAAGACGGGAAAUCGCUGGGCGACCAGGCUGUUUUACCGGUUGAGGAGACUGGGAGGAUGGGGAAGAAGAAGAGGAGGAGGCACCGAGAAGGCGCUGAAAUCUUCUAG